AUGGGGAAGCCGAAAGCCCCAGGGGGGAAGGACGGAGCCGGGAAGCGGCGGGAGGAGAAGGAGCAACACCACCUCGCCACGGCAGGCGACGAUGACGACGAGCAGCAGCAGCAGCAGCAGCAGCAGCAGACCCUUACCUUCAUGCAGCACGACUUCGGCCUGGACCGCAGGCUGGUGAAGGCGGUGGCAAAGAUGGGCUUCGUGUACCCGACCCUGGUGCAGAACAAGUGCAUCCCGCUGGCGCUCCGGGGGAAAGACUUGCUGGUCAGGGCUCGUACCGGGUCCGGGAAGACAGCUGCCUUCGCCCUGCCGCUGCUGCAGAAAAUCCUGAGGCGCAAGGAAGCCGAGCCGGGGUUGCCGAGAGGGGUGCGGGCGGUGGUGCUCGUGCCGACCAGAGAGCUCUGCGACCAGGCGCGUGCCCACCUGUCCGAACUGAUGCACUACUGUCGGGACCAAGUGUCUCUGCUGGCCCUGGUGGACGACAACAUGGCGGCGCAGGAGGCCGCUCUGAGAGACAAGGCGGACGUGCUGGUGGCCACCCCCGCCAGGCUCGUGGCGCAUCUGAAGGCGGGAAAUGUGGAGCUGAAGGACACGGUGGAAACCCUGGUAGUGGACGAGGCUGACCUGGUGCUGUCCUUCGGUUACUCGGAAGACAUCCGCGCCGUUACGAAGCGCCUCCCCAAGAUCUGCCAGGGGUUCCUCAUGUCGGCGACGCUGAGCGCGGAGCUGGAAGACCUGAAGCGAGUGGUUUUGCACAGCCCGGCGGUGUUGAAGCUGGAGGAGGGCGCUAGGGACGGGCGGCUAUCUCAGUUCUACCUGAGUCUCGCCGACAAGGGCGACAAGUUUCUUGUGGUCUUCGCCUUCAUCAAGCUUGGUCUGCUAGAGGGGAAAGGGUUGUUCUUCGUCAAUGAAACCGAGUCCUCGUACCGCCUCAAGCUGUUCUUGGAGCAGUUUCACGUGAGGUCUGCCGUCCUCAACGCGGAGCUGCCGCUGAACUCGAGGCUGCACAUCCUGCAGGAGUUCAAUCGAGGCAUCUUUGACUACCUGAUCGUGACGGACGACAGCAUGGACGUCCAGGGUGUCGGCGGGGUUGCGGUAGAAGAAGACGGCGAUGAUGGAGACAGCGUGAGUGAUGAGAGCGUCGGAGGAGACGCGCCCGCCGGCAGCAUCCGCGUUUCUGCCAGCGUUGCUCUUGAAGGAGAGGAUGCGAUGGACCAAUCGUCGUCGGAGGAUGGGGAGGAGGAGGAGGAGGAGGAGGAGGGAGAGGAGGACGAGGGGGAGGAGGAGGAGGAAGAGGAGGAGGAGGAAGAGGAGGAAGAGGAGGAGGAUAGCAGUAGCGAGGGCGGUGCAGAAAAGGAGGAGGAACCGAAGAGCACAACCGGAAAGGCCAAUAACAAGAAGUCCAAGAAGAAGGGAGGUAAGGGGGGGCACCGCGGAGAGGAUUCGGAGUUCGGGGCUGCCCGAGGAGUCGACUUCCGCGGGGUUUCCUUCGUGCUCAACGUAGACUUCCCGCCUACGGCGUCGAGCUACACUCACCGCGUGGGCCGCACGGCUAGGGGCGGGGCCAGCGGCACCGCCCUCAGCCUUGUUCUUGCCAAGGACGAGAAGCAGUGCCGAACGCUUCAGAGGGUGCAGAGCUCGCAGCCUUCCUUGGCCGCCCCGUCUCUCGACGGCGGAGGUGGCGGCGGCAACGCCCCCGGAAGCAGCGGUUCCAUCGUGACUGCGAUGGGCCCGCAGGCUGGUGGCGCUGUAGCGGCAGCUGCACCGGUUGGUGUCGGCGGCGGCGGUGGCGGCGGCGGCGGUGGUAGCUGGGCGCAGCCAGCGCCCCUGGCUUUCGACAUCCGUGAGAUCGAACGGUUCAGAUACCGUGUGGAGGACACUCUCAAGAAGGUGACCCGAGUAAGCGUGAGGGAAGCCAGGGCCGCCGAGCUGAAGGCGGAGAUCGUCAACUCUCAGAAGCUGGCGGGGUACUUCAAGGAAAAUGCGGGCGACCUGAAGGUGCUCCGGCACGACAAGUCGGUGCUGCACCCCCUCCGCAAGCUCGACCACCUCAAGCACAUCCCGGACUACCUCAUGCCACCCGGCCUCCAGACUGGCGAGGACCCCACGCAGAGACAAAGGAAGAGGAUAAAGCGCGCGAGGGGCGGAGCGAAGCGUCGGCAGGGUCAGGGCCUGGACCAGGGCAGGCGAAAGGACAAUGACCCUCUCCAGACCUUCGAGGCCUCCGAGCUAGGCGCGGACGGCAGCUACGGGGGCGAGGAGGAGGGCCGCAAGGAGGCGGCCAAGAGAAUGAACGAGGAGAGGGAGUCGAGGGUCAUGCAGACCGGAGACUUUUCCGGCGAAAGCACGUCCGGCCGAAGGCGCUGGCAGCAGCGGAGAGGGAAAGGGAAACAUGGCGGUGGCGGGAACAAAGGCCGCAGUAAGAAGACUGCCAACCGGUUCGACAUGCCCGUCUGA